AUGGCCAAGAAAAGCCCUGCUCUUUCUUCCUCAAAGAAAAAGGCACUGCAAAUCAAGAAAAAGGCCUUGCCUCCUAGUAAAACCAACAAGGUGGUAAAUGGAGGUAAAAAGAAGGUUCAAAUAUGCCCUGAAAAAAAGACACUGAAAUACAGCUCUGUUGAUGUAAAUUCAUCCGCGAUGUUGCGAGCUGCAGAAGUACAAGCAAAUUUGCCUUGUCAAUUUCCUAGUUUUGUCAAGUAUAUGCUCCCUUCACAUGUCACUGGGGGAUUUUGGUUGGGUUUCCCGAAGAAAUUUUGUGAUUGUCAUUUGCCAAAACAUGACGACAUUGUUGUUUUAGUGGAUGAAAAUGACGAAGAAUCUCCUACCAAAUACCUUGUUGAUAAGAACGGAUUGAGUGGGGGUUGGAGAGGAUUCUCCAUUGCUCAUAACCUUCUCGAAGGGGAUGUCUUGGUCUUCCAAUUGAUCCAACCCUCCAAAUUUAAGGUAUACAUAAUAAGAGAAAAUUGCUUGGCAGAAAUUGAUGGGGCUAUAACUCUUCUAAAUCUGGAUUUUCGUGCUAGACCAAUCAAAUCUGAUCAUGAUGAAGAAAUGAAAAUCUGUGAAGCAAAAGAGGAGAAAUACUUGGAGCCUCCUGUCCGAGAUAUUAAUCAAGAUGACAAAAUUGAGGAAACCAUGUUGUUACCAAACUCGGACCACGACCCUGUAGCUGAUCAAUGUGGAAAUGACAGCGAUAAUGGCUCUGAAGUUUUAGAAGGCAUUAGAUUUUCACAAUCACGAGUCGAAUUCAAAGAUGUGAAGGACUAUUCUGGUUUCAGCAUUCUUGUUGAUGGCCUGAUCAUCGACUCCGAGGUUCCUGCAUUACACAUUCGGACCAAAUACUAUGAUCUUUGUCGCACCCAAAAUUCAUUUCUCCAUGACCAUUUACUUGGUGGCCUAAAUGUCAAGCUAACUGCUGGGAUGAUUACUGAAACUGUGAACAUUGCUGAUGCCAUUAGAGCUUGUAAGAUUUCGACCCCUCGUGAUUGUCUUGAGACUUGGGACAAUACAUUGAAAGGGUUUGAGUGUUUAGGCAUGAAUGUUGGAUUUUUACGCGCAAGGAUAAGUAAGCUUGAUAGUUUGUCAAGUGAAUCGAAAAACGUUCUUGCAUCAAAGAAAGUUGAGCUAGCUGAAGCAAAAGUGGAAAUGAGAAUUCUUGAAGAAAAGGUUUUGAAAGUGAAAGAAGUGAUAAAGAAUGUAGAAUCUAAAAUUGAGGCCUUAACAAAGAAAGAUGCAAACUUUGAGCUCAAGUUCCAAGCAUUGGCUGCUUCUCCAUGGUGA